UGUGGGCGAACGAGGAAGCGAAAGCCCUAGUGGCUUGGCACUUGUCGGUUGCGCUUAGCGCUAGCCGCGGCCGCGCCUUUCCCAAUCCAGCCAUAAUUUUAGCCGCUGCGGAAUCACUUUGUUUCUCACUUUAGCGUCAACCUUUUAUUAGCAAAGUGAACUCAGUGAAGUACCUUCACCCUCACACUCUGCUUGAAUACGACUGGGCGAGUCUGUUCGGCGAGCAUAUUCUUUGGAACUUGACAAGUCGCAUUCGUGCGCAAUACGUCCGGAAUGGCGGCAAACAAGCAGGGAAAAAUGCAAAACUUGAUCAACUAUCGCAUGCGCGUGACCUUGAACGAUGGUCGACAGAUGACGGGACAGAUGCUAGCAUUUGACAAGCACAUGAACCUUGUCCUCGCCGAUACGGAAGAGUUUCGUCGUGUCAAGCGAAAAGCCACAAAGCAAGCCCCCGGUGCCGCAGCCGCCCCGCUGGUCGAAGCUGAAGAAAAGCGUACUCUGGGAUUGACGAUCGUUCGAGGCACAAAUGUCGUCUCGUGCUCAGUCGAUGGACCUCCCCCUGCAGACCCUUCGGCGCGUUUGGGUGCCGGCGUGCCUGGCGUCCCUACAGGCGCUGUCACGCUUUCUGCUGGGCCUGGGAUUAGUAGGCCCUCUGGACGAGGCUUGCCGGUUGGUCUUGGUGGCCCGGCUGCUGGCGUUGGAGGACCGGCCCCUGCUGGAUUUGGAGGCUUCGCACCUCCUCCUGGUGGGUUCCCUGGAGCGCCGCCUCCUGGGUUCGGCGGACGCGGGGGACCACCUGGUGGACCUCCUGGAUUUGCUCCCUCUGGAUUCCCUCAAGGCGGCCCUGGUGGACCUCCUGGCGGAUUUCAACCACCACCUGGAUUCCAGCCUCCCGGACAAGGCCGUGGCUACCCACCUCCUGGGUUUGGCGGACGAUGAUUCAAUCCGAUGUUCAAGACAACAAAAGCUAUGCAAAUUUCAGAGCACAUGGUGAUUUGAAGACCAUCAAAAGUCACCUUGCACGGUCCCUUUUUUUUAAAAGUUCGGAUUCGAACGAAACAGCCGUGAUAUGGGUUCACUACCACCACUAUCACCGGCAAGGCGUUGGGCGCAUGUGGAUGAGGUUGGGGUUCACGAGUCUAGCCAAAUCACGAGUGUAGUUAUAAUAUAAAUCCACAAGAGUUUGUACUGCCUGA